ACCACCACACGACCCGAAUGCGAUUUUCAUGUAUCUUGAUAAGCUGGAGCAGGCAGCAUAAAGACUUAUUCCAGCAAUCUCGCAGAUGUUAGUCUAGUGAUUGGGUGGUGCUACAACGUGUUUACUAGCGAGCUUGCAUCCGGUUGGUUCUGCGAUAUCCGAUUAUAAGUAGCCUGCAGCGCAUCGUUGCCCCCUCUCCCAACCUUGGAAGAUCCACUUGGUCACCCUUAUCGCUGCUGACCCAUUUCAAACCCAUCACUUUUAUUCUCGUGAACCAGCCCCUUCACGACCGUUCUUGAUGUAAGCGCUCUGUCCGUUUUGCUGGAAGGCAGCAAACCUCACUCACCACGCUUGCUCUACGGCCCCGCAGCUCUCGUCAUCACCACCGCUGACCCCAAAUACUACCACAGACAACAAGCCUUGAGAUGCCUACCGAGCAAAAGCAAGACCAGACCGCCCCUUCCACUAAGACACAACCCUGGAGGGUGCAUUGGCCACCCAAAACGCCUGUCACCGUUGGCGAGAAGCACGGCUUUGGAGAAGGCGAAACAAUUCAGCUGGAAGGGACAGCGUCUGGAGCGCAUUUGACGUCACUGGAGAAGGAGCAAAAGUUAGAUCGGGUUAGGCUACAAGCUCUUGAACCAGGCGGUUUGUCAUAACUCAAAGUCGCAAGACUUGAAGUAAAUACUGUGAUAUCUACUAUGUAAUCUGAAUGCAAGCAGAGCUUUGUUUUGGCGCUGCAACACCCACGAUGUGCUUAUCUCGACCAGAACACAACCAGUCGAUCAAAGUCAGCUUCCUGAAUCUUUCCGUCCCCAGUCGCAUCUUGC